AUGGUCAAUUCAAGAGGGGGGACUUUCACACCUUCACCGGCGCAAACAAUUGUGACAGGAGUUAGUCAUUCACCUCACGGCUCGCAUCAUAGUACAUUCAGUGCUGGCGCAAGUCCAUCUACAAACAGUCCAAUCGGUGCCAGCGGAGUCAAUAAAAUUGUCGUCGCUCAGGUUUACCUAUUACUCGGUACCAUUAAAGAAGAUAAAGAUCGCACAAAGUGGGAACAGCAAGCUGAACAGCUCAGAAAGCUAGUUGAUGAGCACGGCAUGGAAGUAUUCUCAAAAUACUUCAGCCGACUUGUGGUUGGCAACGCACCGCAGAUAUUUCCCGGCAUUAAUCGACCCGUUCUUAAUUCAGGCAACUACCAGAUCUUAGUGAAUGAAGUACACAAGGUAGCCCAUGAUGUCGAUCAAGCUGGGAAGAUUGCGGAGUCCAUAGAGACGGGGAAUGAAGAUAUCUUUCGUGAUUUUGACCUUUCGACCUUUAUGGACCAUUUUAAGCUAGAUGCGCUCGAGAAGACUAUUCUAGCACUUGCCUUCAAAACCGGAUCAAGGUCAGAUCUCAAAACAAAAGCGGAUGCUAUCCUAUCGGCAAACUACCAAGGCUUUGUCGAAGCUCUAUCCCAGGUGAAUCAAGGUCAAGAAGAUCUUACUCCCUCCUUCCUCGCCACGAUAGUCGAUCGAUUUAUCCAAGGUCAUCCACCGAAUUUUGAUCACCAAGCGCAGAUUCUACUCUUUCGAGCAAUCAACUACCGCUUUCGCGACCACCCUGAACAAGAUAUUCCCGCACCCACAGAAGUUCUCGCAGCGCUUUUCCUAAUGUCGAUAAUCACAGAAAGCAACCCAUUGAUAUUAUGCAUACAAAAGGUUGGGUCUGCAUUCACCUCGGAUGAGGAUGCAUGUAGAAAUCACAUUCGAAACGCCGGUGAUAUCAACCUCGACGAAGCACAAGUCGCUGCUGCCCUACUCUAUACUGCCAUCAGUCGAACCCCCACAUUCUCUUCGCAAGUAUUGGUUAACAGUCUUCGCAAGGAAGUCCCUCCAGGGUUCAGUUGGUGUCAAGUUGUACGACAUUUCGAUACGCCAGACCUCAGAAUAUCUCCACAACAAUUCUUGGCAGUGUACGAAUCUAUUCGACCGAUUGCCCUUGAAGAUCCUACAGUCAUUCCGCAACUUCUCGGUGGUGCAUGGCAAAAUACUGAAACCCAGCUUUCCUUCAUCAGUGCAUACGCGUCAUUGAGCCCGAACGAGCUUGAUGCCUCCACCAUUCCAAAGCUCAGGCCAUCCUUCACACUAGAGGACUAUGUCGAUGCGAAGCCAGAGAUUCGAGAACGUGCUGAAUGGGCAAUAAGGCAUCCGCUCGUGUCCGUUAUCACGCUAACAUCAGUAUUUAUCGUUGCCCUUAGAGAGCCCCACUGCUCGGAAACUGUUGAAGCUAAACGAUUGUUCCAAGAAGUGGUCGUGCCAAAUUUAGACAUAUUCCUGGUCUCAGCAUUCGGCGUACCGCGGCCGUGGCCUGAUCUAGCAGUAGAGACAAUCAACAACCUUUUCGAACGCUUUCUAUUCAGAGUUGAUGGCAACUAUGAUUUCGUCUUAGCAAGCUUGUGGCGAAAAGAUAAGACCUGGGUGGCACAACGCUUAAUGGACGCACAUGUUAAAGCGCCCCUCGAGCUUACUCUUAUACUAGAUCAUGCAAUAAAACAUGAGUGGCUCCAUGAAUUGGCCUCGAUGCUAAAUGGCUUUGGGCUCGACCUUGCUGCCCUAGCACAUUCCCGUAGCUUACUGGAUCUCAAAGACUGGAAGGCCACGAAUUCGCCACGGGAGGAAGAACUCGGCUCGGCUUUGUUGACAUUCCUGAGCAUCAAAGCUCAACACGAGCUUGCAUAUCAGCGUACCCAGCGAGAACACAGUAUAAUGUUACCUGUCAAAACUGUAUUCGCAAUGUUAAAUGUUUUGGAGGAAAUCCUACCAAAAGAGCCCUCAGCACAAUUGAUCGCAGUACAGCGAACUUGUAUCACUGCCUACCCUCGCCUUAUUAAUUAUGGCCAGGAUGACGAGCUAGACCGAAUUAUUGAUAAUAACGGUUCGGUAACGAACAUGCUUAGCGAGGACGCACAGCACAUGAUGGAACAGCAUUAUAAGCAAAUGUAUAGCCAAGAGCUCAAGGUACGACAGAUUGUUGAUGCAUUAGCUGGAUACAAAUCUGCCCGUGAUCCCUACCAGCAAGAUGUGUUUGCCUGCAUGAUCCAUGGUCUUUUUGACGAAUAUACCCUCUAUUCCACCUAUCCAUUGGAGGCUCUUGCAACCACUGCUGUCUUGUUUGGUGGCAUUAUUCAGGAUAAGCUCAUCGCCGAUCUACCCCUCGAGAUUGGUCUCGGCAUGAUCCUUGAAGCAGUUCGAGAUCACCUCCCAGAGGAAUCAAUGUACAAGUUUGGAUUGCAAGCUUUGCUCCAAUUUACUCCUCGUUUACCGGAAUGGCCUGGAUUCUGUCAUCAACUGCUGCAAGUACCUGGCCUUGAAAGUACGGAACCUUGGAAAAAGGCGCAGAAGGUCAUCCAUGACCAACAAGAGGAUAUGUUACGCAACGGGCACAACGACUUGAUGAAUGGGGGCGGAAUCACAAAUGGCAAUAUCGACGAAAUGCUGGCCGCUGAGCCUGCUGCACCUCCGUUUAACUCUGUUAACGUGGACCCGCUUCCUCCCAAUUCAGACUUCAAAGACCCUGACGACGAUGCACAGGACAAAGUCCAAUUCUUGUUAAACAACAUAACCGAGCUUAACAUAGGAUCGAAGUUCAUCGAGUUGAAAAACGCCCUUGGUGAGACGCAUCAAAAAUGGUUUGCUGGUCACCUAGUUGAGGAACGGGCUAAGAUUAUGCCCAACUACCACGAACUAUAUCUUGGGCUUGUUGAACUCUUCGAAGACAAGGUUUUAUGGAAGCUGUUGCUGAGAGAGACUUUUAUCAGUGUUUCGAGGCUGCUUAAUGCUGAAAGCACUCUGCAGUCGUCAAUAGAGCGCACGCAUUUGAAGAAUCUCGGUGGCUGGUUGGGCUCAAUGACACUCGCGAAAGAUAAGCCUAUCAAACACAGGAAUAUCGCUUUCAAACAACUAUUGCUCGAAGCUUGCGACACACAACGACUCAUUAUUGUCAUUCCAUUCGUUUGCAAAGUUCUCAUUGAAGGUAGAAAAUCGAUUGUGUUCAAACCUCCGAAUCCGUGGCUUAUGGAUAUCAUUCACCUCCUAAUUGAGUUAUAUCACAAUGCGGAGCUUAAGCUGAACCUCAAGUUUGAAAUAGAAGUUCUUUGUAAAGGGCUGAAUCUGGAUCAUAAGAGCAUCAAACCCUCCACAGAGUUCCAGAGUCGCAUCCCUCCUGUUGAGGAGGCCACCGAGACAAUGGCGGUACCCGAUGGCCUGGAUAGGUUUGAAAACCUUUCUGUGAAUGGCUUAGGAGGUGGAAUUGCCAGUGGCAGAUUUUCUCCACAAGAAAUCCUUGCUACCAUGCCCGAUCUUGGGCCUCUUCUUACUUACCCGCCCAGCAACGACAUGGUGAACACACGUCAAUUGCACGAUAUUCUCAAAACGGCCAUUACACGAGCAGUUCAUGAGAUCAUUUCGCCUGUUGUGGAACGCUCUGUUACUAUUGCUGCUAUCUCGACAGCUCAGAUGAUACACAAAGACUUCGCAACCGAGCCGAACGAGGCUCGUGUACGCUCUGCAGCUAUCAACAUGGUUAAGAAGACUGCUGGUAGCCUUGCCUUGGUUACUUCCAAAGAGCCAUUGCGCGCAAGCAUGACAAAUUACAUCAGAACAUUAUCUGUUGAACAUCAGUUACCUGAGGGAACUAUAAUCAUGUGUGUAAAUUCUAACCUCGACUUGGCCUGCAGCCAAGUUGAAAAGAAGGCCGAGGAGCGUGCUGUACCUGAAAUUGAAGAGAUACUCGAGCCAGAGUUGGAGGCACGCCGUGUCCACCAUAUGAGACGACCGGAUGAUCCAUAUAUUGAUCCACAACUAAGCCGUUGGGCGUGGACAAUUCCAAGCCCAUAUAAGUUGCAGCCGUCAUUGACUGGCCUCAAUCAGGAGCAAAUGGCCAUAUACGAUGAGUUCGCUCGUCAGCCGCGACUACUACCGAUAGCCGAUAGGGGCUCAGUAGCAGGCUCUUUGGCCGGUACCACUCAUGUUGCUACAGCUUCAGAUGCAACAACAUCAAUCACCAAUGAUCUGUUACGGGAUCAAUUUCCUGCUGUUCCAAACCUCCCAACGCCUGCUGAGACUCCUACAAUGCCACUUAUCAACAACCACCAACCUCCUUACAGCCAACCUUCAGCUGCUUUGUCAAAUGGAAGAAUGCCUAAUAUGGCUAUGAACCCCCAAGGACUACCAGAAAAAGUACAAAGGCUAUUGACUGACUUACAACAAACCACUGCAGAUAUUCCAGAGCAGCACUAUAUGGAUCUUCCUCGACCACAUCCCGUCAUUGAGAUUCUAGAUGCUUUGUACAGUUUGAUUAUCAGGAGCCAGCAAGGGCAAGAACCUUAUGAUAUCUGGAUUGCAGAGCAAAUCUGUGGAAUAGUCUUUAGUGGCAGUGAAAACACUUUGGUGAUUGAGUGCUUAGUACAUGUCCUCGAGAACAUUAUCAGAAUCGGCGGUCGUUGUGCUGUCCGCGUUUCUAUGAUCAUUGGACAGCAAGUUGGAGAAGCGCUUCUCCAUGUGCCCUUGAUUGUUGCAUUGGUCAAGGCUGAAAUGAUUGAUUGGGCACGUGUCGACCUCGCCACCUCUACAGCUUUGGCUGAGCGUAAAGAAGGAACACUAGAAUUUUUUCUCUCUCUAUUGGAGCAGGUUUUCUUAAACGAUCGACCACUAGCAUUGUAUACCGAUGUCGCGAAAAGUUUGGAAGUCGCUUUCGAAUGGAUUUCAAAAGAUCCUACUUUGGAAGUUGGCCAACAACUCAAGGAGAAGCUCGCAGCUUCUGCUCUUCCAAAAAGUGUCGGUCGCAGUCAAGAUGACCGUCUUGCAUUCCGUCAAGAUCAAAUGGAAUAUGUCUUCGAGGAAUGGGCUCACUUGUUCAGCAACCCCAUUGCUCCGGAAAGGGCAGCUCUUGUUUUUAUAUCUCACAUGUACAACAGGCAGCUUAUCAACGACAAAGAAGACCUGUGCCUGUUUUUACGUCUUUCAAUAGACACAUCGGUCGAACGUUUCGAACAGCAAUUUCAAAUGCAUGGCUUCCUCAACGAUGCCUACAUCCCUACAGAUGCAUUGGCAAAGCUUAUAUCUUUAUUGAUUAGGGGCUAUGAGCGCGAAGGAGAAGUGAAAGGUGAUAAGGCUGCUUUCCUGGAAUCGAUUCUGUCCGUCAUAACAUUAGUUUUGAAUCAUCACCAUGUCAUGCGUGGUGAAGGUUUCAAUCAGAAGGUCUUCACAAGGCUUUUCUCUUCGAUACUUUGUCACUUGAACACGUUCUCGGCCGACUUAUCUGAAACCGAGAACCGUGAAAUUAUUUUGACAUUUGCUGAAAAGCUCAUCAAGCUUCAGCCAGCUUAUUUCCCAGGCUUUGUAUACGGUUGGAUGACCUUGAUCUCCCACCGUUUCUUCCUUGCUCCAUUGAUGGGACUUCCAGAUGAUAUGGGGUGGCAGCCAUUUGCGAAACUUGCCGAAUGUUUGCUUUCUUACAUGGGCGAACUACUGAAGCCACUACAAUUAUCUUCAGCAGCACGGGAUAUUUACCAAGCGACUCUAAAAUUCUUUGUUGUAUUACAGCACGAUUAUCCUGAUUUUGUAGUCGCACACUCCUCAAAGUUAUGCGCCAAGGUACCAAGUCAUUGCGUGCAACUGUUGAAUCUCAUUCUUAGCGCUCAUCCAACCAUGCCUACCUUACCAGAUCCAUUACAGCCAGGGUUGAAAAUUGAACGCAUUGAAGAGAUUCGCCUAUCACCAGAGAUCGUCAACAUUGCCGACAUUGAGCGUACUUUACAAUCAACCGGUCUAUUCGAAAUCGUUGAACAAGCCUUACAAAAUGGCCCUUCAGAAGAUGCGGUGGCCCACAUCACACACACUAUACAACGCAAGCAAGCAGAUGUGACUGGUGCAGGAUUUGUACCUGUUAAUGUUGACUUGCAACUGAUCGAGUCUCUCGUCUUGCACAUCUGUAUGUAUGCUGUAACAAGGGCAAGACAAAAGGGAGAACUCAACAGUUUCGCUCGCAAUUCCACUGACGCUGUUUUAAUCUCGAUGCUUGUUCAUGAACUUAAUCCAGAAGCUCGACACUAUCUUCUAACUAGCAUGGUCAAUCAGCUUCGUUUCCCCAACGCACAUACACACUAUUUUGUCCAAGCGCUUCUGGAAUUAUUUGGAAAUGAUGUCAAUGAUCAGGAGGAGUCAGAUAUUAGUCAACAAAUUCUUCGAGUUUUACUGGAAAGAGCAUUCAUCUCCCUCCCAAUACCUUGGGGCGUGCUUAACAUGGUCAUCGAACUCGUGAAAAACGAGAAAUAUACAUUCUUUGACUUACCAUAUAUCAAGUCGACACCAGAUGUAAGACACCUCGUACUCCCACGCUACUCAAAUGACUAA